AGCCGAUAGAUUCAAACGGAGCGGGCUCGAGUCGGGCAGUUAGUCAUUAGGGGGUUCGCGAGCAGAUCGUGUCGUUCCUGGAAUUCCUCUGCUUUUCGCUAUGGCUCACAAGGAUAUCUACUAUUCCGAUAAGUACUUUGACGAGCAAUACGAGUACCGGCAUGUAAUGCUGCCAAGAGAACUCUUAAAACGAAUGCCAAAAGCUCAUCUUCUGUCUGAAGAGGAAUGGAGAAGCCUUGGAGUUCAGCAAAGUCUUGGAUGGGUUCAUUAUAUGAUCCACGAACCAGAGCCACACAUUCUUCUCUUUAGAAGACCUCUUCCAAAAGAUGAUCCGAAAUGAACCACUGUCUAGAAAUAUUCUCCUUAAUCUUCUGGAACUUUGUGUAUGCAUGUAUAUAUCUUGGUAGUAUUCAGUGAAUACUUUAUGUACAAAACAUACAGCUGUACCUGUGCAUGAGCUGUAUUAUUCACAGCAACAAAGCUCAGUCAAAUACAAUUUCUAUUAGGCUGCUAUUCUUUCAAAGAGAAGUGGAAUUUAACUUUUAGUGUCUCUUAGUCUGAAAUUGGUUCUCUUUAAUAAAGUUUACUAUUGUAUA